AUGGAUGUCCAAAGUGCUAUAAAUACUCCACAUACAAGAGUCAAGCUGAUAGCAUUGAUUCACACAUGUUUAAUUGCUGCAGCACUGAACAGCUAUUGGUUGCCCGCAGCAUAUCAGUUUUAUAAUAUCAUAUUUAUCAUAACGUUGUUUUGGGCAAUACAUUCAAGGCAAUCAUCAGAUGCUGUUCAAAUCGCGUGCUUUAUCAAUGUGAUUGGGUUCCUAUUGGAUUUAUUCGGCAUUAUAUUGUACUUCCCGAGUAAAGGCGCUAUUUUAUCAGCUGUUUUUGCGAUAUUUAAUUUAGCACUACGACCAUUCACUCUUCUUUUGUUGCAUCGAGAACUAACUGAUCGUGGAGGAAGUUUGAGUUUGGCAACGGAAACAACUGGAAAUAAUCCUUCGAAUUAUGAAGACAUUGAUCAACAACAUCAAGUCUUCACUCCGACAAUUUUAUCAUAACAUCCCAUAAUGUAAACCUGUAAAGCAUCAUCAUAACAAAACAUGCUUCUUUUAACACCAAAUAAUCAGUGCCAGGGCCAAAAACAGGGUUGGACAUUUUUAAAUAGACUUAGAGGCCAAAAAUCUCAUGAACAAAAUAUGAUUUCUUCUGUGUUUUUCGUUGAAGAUGUGCAGAAUUGUUUUUGUUUUUUAUAUGUACACGCAAUCAAAUAAAUAAAUAAACUUAUCGUAUUGAGCUAAUAA